GUAUGUACGUGCCAUUACGCGCGCCUGGAUUUCGACGAUCGGUCGACCGCUCGUGCUCCCGCUCCUGUAGAGACAGUCAAGUCAGUCGUUUCGAGGCUGCCGAGUUGACCGGGUCGAGAGCCGUGGAAAGCCGCGUCGUUCUCCGGGCUGUGUGUCUUUCUAUCUCUCUCUGAAACCAUCAUUUCUCUCUCUGCCCGUCCCUUCCUUUGUUAGUCACCCCAUCGAAAUUUCGAGGACGAGAACCAUGGCGAACACCACGAUUCUGACGAUUGUACUGCUGGCGGUGAUCCAGACUGCCAUGUGUAACAACUGCUCGAGUAUAUGCUAUCCAAGCGAGUUCUUUCCCAAUAUCCAAGGCAAUCUCACGAAAAUCACUUGGGCACACGGUGUCAACAGCUUGACGGAAUUGGACAAAGCACUCGCGUCAGCGGAUAUCAUGAUGCUGGAGGGCGACGUCAUAAUGGGGAAACAUAUCGCCACCAAUGCCACCACCGAUAAAAUCCCGAUAAUGGCGCAUCCACCAGCUACGGAAAGUGAUCUAUCGCUCGAAGAGUUCCUCAAUAUCAACGUGAAUAAUGGUAGCAAGGGCAUCAAGCUGGAUUUUAAGUCUAAUGAAGCUUUCAAUAACAGCAAGCCUAUCCUUAGAAAGUUUCAACCAUCCCUUAAGUGUCCAGUUAUCCUCAAUGCAGACAUUCUUCGUGGACCAGUCAAUGCUACUAACCCUCUGAUUAACACAACAGAUUUCCUGACAGAAGCUAGUAAAAUACCAAACUCUAUUCUCUCUAUCGGUUGGACAACCAAAUACGGAAAGGAAUACAACAUCACCGAGGGUCGAUAUAACAUGAAGCAUCUCAAGAAGAUGGUCGAAGUUGUAACAGAGAACCAUAUCAAACUGCCGGUAACUUAUCCAGUACGAGCUGGUCUUGCAACGAAUGAUAUCGAUGGUAUGAAGGCGUUAUUGAAGAAUACAACAUCCAUUACCGGUAAUGCGACCCUAACAAUCUGGUCAUUGAAGGACGAUUAUGUCGAUGUCGCGAAGCUUUCGAAACUGAUCAAAGAAUUGGGAACCGAUAAGGUCUAUCUCGAUGUGCCAGAAGACUUGAGAAACCAACUCAAUCUCUCAAGCGCAUCCACGAUGACAUCCGCAGUAAUGAUGAAUUUGAUCGCGUCGCUGGUGUUUUUGGUCCUAUCGAGGAUGCUGUAAGAAGAUGUAGGUAGCAGAUAUUUGCGACAAGAUAUUUGCCUCGAAAAGAGAAGGAUUUCCCUUCAUUUCAGGGGUCUCUCGAUAGAAAAACGAAAAUACGAGCGAACGACAAAAUCCGAUUACGAAUAAUCAUUCAUAUAUCAUUCAUGUUCGCCAUCACGAUCGUUUAAUCGGAUCUUCGUCCAAUUCGACUACAUUUCUUAUGACGUAUCUCUCACGACGUCGAAGUCGUCAUCGCAGCGAACAAUUUCCAUAGCGAGAUAUUUUCCAAGCGAGACCCUCUAUCUUAUAAGAAAAGAAAAUGUAAAAUCAAUACAAUCUGUACUUAAAUGAAUCAUUCAAAUGACACGCAAAACAAUCCGAUUGUAUGAAAUAUAUUUUCUUUUUUAAUAUAUCUGACAUGGUAAUAAAAAAGAUUCAUAAAAAAAGAAUAUGUGUAAGUAAAUACGUUUCAACUAUAUUGAGAGCAACUUUAAUACCGUUAUCGAUAAACAGUAACGCUUUACCUAUUGUUAAUUAAUGUCUAAAAAGUUUCUUAAUAUUACAGUAUACAUAUGUUAAUAAAUCAAUCAUAAACGCAGCAACUACACAUACAAAGACACACAUAUACACGCAACCAAUCACACAUUCGAAAUACUUGUUACAUAAAAGACAACAGUUACAUAUGAAGGACAUGCGUCUAAUAUAUUGUCCUCAAAUUUUUUAUUGAAGUACAAACAGCGAUAUAAAAAGAGUACGCUUUUUUUUAAAUGUAAUUUUAAAUAUUAAUACGUGCGCGCGCGCGUUCGUUGUGUAUUAAUAUUUCUUCGUAAUGUUCAUCAUCCCGUACCUGCGUUUUAACAUAUCUCCGAUUUAGAGCAGCAAAAAAAUUAUAUUAGUCUCUAUAUAAACUGCAUAUUAAAUUCAAAAGAUUUUAAAAAAUGGAGUAUACGUGCGAGAACGUACUGCAUUUGAUAAUGAAUCAAUAAAACAUACAAAAUUAUCGAGGAAACUGGACUAAAUUUAUUUAUCCUGAUUGUCGAAUUAGUAUAAA